UGUCACUAAGGCGCGCCUUGGUUACAGAAUACAAUUUCCGAACCAAUUGAAUGGACUUUGAUAUACUGACGUAGAGGGAAGUGAUAUUCAGGAGCUACUAAGAGCUUCGAGUAAUCUCUAGACAGCGAGGAAGUGAAACUUUGAUAGUCCACUUCUCAGUCACGCGGUUCACGUGUCAGUUUCGGUUUCAAAGUCUCAGGAUGAGCAACAAAACUAAGAAUGGCCAUGAUGUUCAAGAAGGGACACAUAACAAAAAUCCAGCAGAAAAAUCCUGGCUUGCUUAUGUUUUGAUACACUACCGAUGGGUGUUUGUUUGCUUUUUUCUACUUCCUCUCUCUCUUGUGUAUGAUGUCUACCACUUGGCUCGCAGCUGGAUCAUAUUCCAGCUCAACUCUGCUCCCAAAAAGCAUGAUGAACGUGUAAAGUUUGUUCAGCAACAGGUGAGAGAGUGGAAUCGACAAGGCAGGUCCACCCCUAUGUGCACAGCUCGUCCAGGAUGGCAAACAAUCAGUUUUCGACAACCCAAGUAUAAGAAAACAUUGUUCAAUGUCAAAGUCAAUUUGAUGGAUGUUUUGGAGAUCAACACUGAAAAAAGGACCGUUCGUGUGGAACCUUUGGUUUCCAUGGGACAGCUCUCGGCAACUCUGAAUCCGCUCGGCUGGACUAUCCCUAUCCUGCCGGAAAUGGAUGAUUUAACUGUUGGAGGAUUAAUUAUGGGAACCGGCAUAGAAACAUCGUCUCACAAACACGGCCUAUUUCAACACAUUUGCGUAUCCUUCGAACUGGUCAUGGCCGAUGGCUCAGCCGUCAAAUGCUCAAAGGACGAAAACAGUGAUUUGUACUAUGCUAUCCCAUGGUCGUACGGAACUCUGGGUUUUCUAACUGCCGUGGAAAUCGAAAUUAUUCCCGCAUUGCAGUUCGUACGGCUGGAAUACCAAUCAGUGAGCUCAUUGGAUGAAGCAUGUCGUGUUUUUCAAGAACAAACUUUGAAAGAAGAGAACAAUCAAUUUGUCGAAGGACUAAUGUUUAGUCUCAACCGAGGCAUCAUUAUGACGGCGAAUAUGGUAAACUCCGCUGAACCGGGAAAGUUAAAUGUCAUUAGCCGGUGGUAUAAACCAUGGUUUUUUAAACAUGUCGAAUCGUUUUGUGGCCAAGAGCCGAAUGUUGAGUACAUUCCCACACGUGAUUACUUUCACCGUCACUCACGAAGCAUUUUUUGGGAGAUACAGGACAUUAUUCCGUUUGGGAACCACCCUGUGUUUCGAUACUUAUUUGGAUGGAUGGUACCGCCCAAAGUGUCACUACUUAAACUGACACAAGGAGAAACAGUCAAGGAGUUAUACGAGAAUAAUCAUUUCAUUCAAGACAUGCUAGUACCCAUGACGACAUUGAAAGAUGCACUUCUUUGCUUUGAAAAGGAAGUGAAGAUUUAUCCUGUAUGGCUAUGCCCAUUCAAACUGCCAAUGGCACCUGGAAUGCUACGCUCACCUAAUGGCAAGCAAGAGAUGUAUGUUGAUAUCGGAACAUAUGGUGUACCUAAAGUAAAUAAUUUUCACCCAGUUGAAACAACGCGACGAGUUGAGAGCUUUGUCCGCAGUGUGAACGGUUUUCAGAUGCUCUACGCCGAUUCUUACAUGACUGAAGCGGAAUUUAAUUCCAUGUUCGACCACACGCUAUACGAUCAAAUGCGGAAGAAAUAUGAUUGCGAUAAAGCUUUCCCGCGAGUUUACGGAAAAGUUUGCCGUGCAGCCCGAGAUUAGCUAAGUUGGGCUCGCACGCAGCUAAAUGUAUGUUGGUGUUAGUCGUUGGUCAAAAUUAGGAUCUGUCUCUUACACAUUUAAUUAUUGUUAUUGAAAAUUGGUGUAGUACUUGACAGAAUUCUGAAAUGUGCAAAACGUGCAGCCAGAUGGAGAUUGCUGAAGUCUAAAUGAUUUUGAUAGCCACUCAAUGAAUGA